AUGACGAGCCUUACAGCGUUCUGGUUUUGGAUGACACCCCAAUCGCCAAAACCUUCAUGCCACGACGUCAUCACCGGAACAUGGAGGCCAUCGGCAGCAGAUACAGCAGCCGGUCGUGUCCCUGGCUAUGGUGUGAUCACCAAUAUCAUCAACGGUGGAAUUGAAUGUGGUAAAGGUUCUAACCCGCAGGUGGAGGAUCGGAUCGGUUUCUACAAGAGAUACUGUGACAUACUGGGAGUCGGCUAUGGCAACAAUCUGGAUUGCUACAACCAGAGGCCUUUUGCUUAG